AUGGAAGAGCUAGUACAAGACCCAGUGAAUGUUAGGUAUGAGACAACCAAAAUUCCAAAAUUAGGAACCAUAAAACAGAACCUUGACUCUUAUAAUUCACACCUGGAAAAGGAUCUACUGAGAUUACAUGAGGAGAAUCAGGUUCUUCUCAUAAAAAUUCAAGAGAAAGAAAAAACUGUUCAAAGUCUGGCAGAGGUGAUCACCCUAACAGCAGGACAGGCCCAGGACAGAGAGAAGCUGAGCUACAGCAUUUCUGAGAAGGAGAGAGGCCUGAGAGUAGGAACUGGAGGCAGCAAAGCUGAUAGGGGGGCAUCCAGGAAGGGACUCUGGGGCGCAUUUGCUGCCUCCAGUUCCUACUGGGAAACUGCAAAGUCGACAGCAGUCGGCAGCAAGCAAGACAAAGAUUUGGACAAGGUCGAGACAUUGUCUUCUCCGCUGAGGGACUGUCCAGAGUCUAAAAGUGCUGGAGGAGACGGCAGUUGGGAUAGAGAUGGGAACACUAAGUCAGUGACGAAAUACCAGGAAAUACUGAAAAAGAUGGAAAAGGAAAAUGAGGUGCUGAUUCUUGAGAAAGAAGUAUUCAGAGCCCAAAACAAUUCCUCCCAAAUAAGAAAACUUGGGUCAGUUCUGGUGGGGGCCAUUCAGAGCAAGAGGGAGCAGACAUCCACUAAGAAAGAGAAGAGAACCUUCUGGUACUGGCAUUUCCAGACCCUCAUCUUCACACUCAUGAUUUCCAUGAGGCUGCUGGGCUGUAUGUUUUUCUACCUGCAGUACAGAAACCCAGACCUUCUUGUGGACACCUUGCCCAGGUUGAUGAGCAGAAACACUUUGAAGAGGCUGCAGGACAUCUUACGCCCCUUCCUUACUCUAGAGGUUGAAGAAGUUCUACCACACUAG